AUGACACGAUGGGUCAAUCUCGGGGUCGGUCUGGAUCCUGUUCGCCUUUUCAACCACAUGGAUACUGUUGGAGAGAACUGUGAGCUUCACAAUGGCCUGGAUGUCCGCGAGUGUUUCAAUAACGGGUAUGAGGAUUCAAAAUACGCCAUGUCUGAAAAGAAAGUUUGGGAGCGGAAUUUCGCCCUUUUGAAGGGGAAGAGGUACAAACAGAUGAUGAAAUACAUCGGGGACCGAGACAGGAAAGUCAGAGAGUCGCAAUUUCGCUACGACAGGAACCCGACCUGGAUCAUGCCGUUCAAUCGGCUCUAA